AUGGGGGAGGGUGAGGGGAAGGGGGCGGGGGCGGACGAGAGGGUGUGUAGGGAGGGGUAUAUGGGGUGGAAAGAAGUGCUGGGACGGAGCAAGACGGAGGGGGGAACGAGGCAUGCGUGGGUAUUGCCGUCGUCGUCUCAGGCUGGGGGAGAUAGGGGUGGAGAGGGUAGAGGGGUAAAAGAGGAUGUCUACACGCAUGUCAAGCUGCUCAUGUAUCCAGAUGGCGGGAUCGCGAGGUUUAGGCUCUAUGGACGCCCUGUCGUGCCUGAGGUUUCCACUACGGGGUUGAGUGGAAGGGGGAAAGAGGUGGAGCUCUCAGCCGCGCUGAAUGGAGGCACGGUCGUGGAUUGGAGUGAUCAGCAUUUCGGGCAUGCGAGGAAUUUGCUGCUGCCUGGACGGGGGAAGGAUAUGGGCGAUGGGUGGGAGACGAAGAGGAGUAGGGAGAAGGGACAUGUGGAUUGGGUUGUUGUCAGGCUUGAGGCGAGGGGGAAGGUGGGCAGGGUUGUGGUAGAUACGAUGCAUUUUCGGGGGAAUUUCCCGCGGGGGGUGAGGGUUCUGGGGACGGAUGAGGCAGAGGGGAACAAGGAGGAGGAGUGGACGGAGUUGGGGAAGAUAGAGCAUUGUGAGAAGGAUAAGGAGCAUGAGAUUCUGGUGGAGGGCGAGAAGGCCGUGAGUUUGGUCAAGAUGAUUAUUGAGCCUGAUGGAGGAGUCAAGAGGUUGAGGGUCUUCGGUACGAGAGUCUAG